AUGGAUGAAACACCUUCUAGUGAAUGGGCGUUGGUGGUCAGAGAUGACAAAGGACAUGUUCAUGGUGGAUUCUUUAAGAAUCCAAGACACGUAGUUCCGAGGCGCCAAAACCAUUUUCAUGAGCAUUGGGACGGCUCGAAUUUAAACUCAAAGUAUUUGAUUGCUGAAAUAUGGCCAGACUUUAAUGGCACCACAAUUGAAGAGACUUUCUUUUCGUAUUUCCACCUGAGAGCCUCUCAGAACUAUGGGUAUCCUGAUGUAAUGUGGAGUGCUUCCAAGAACAUAGAAGUAUCGAUACCAGGAGUACAUAACAUCAGAUUGCUAAAAGAAAACCAGUGGAAAGAUAACAAAUUCAAUAUUAACUUACUGAUAACUUAUCCAUUCCUAGACACCAGCUACAUCACGACAGUUGGUCUUUUCAACACACCAACAAACACACUUUCAUUCAACACCAAAGAAAACACAAAUUUCAUGGUUCUCUCUGAAAUAAUCCCUGAUAUGUAUCAUGUUAAUUGCAAUUCUGAUGUUAACGAACAAACACAACUUCAAGACGAUGUUGUUUCUGAAAUAUGUCCAGAUAAAAAUAGUUUAUUUACAAAAUACAAAAGAAAUUUUAAAUCAGAGAAAUUUUGGGUCUAUCUAGAUUCUACACUUUUAGGAGCUGCUGUUUUCAAUCAAACAUCACAUUAA